AUUAACGGAAAUGAAAUGAUGCAAAUUGCAAAAUGGCGCCGACUAUGGAAAACACAAUUAUUGAAUCGGCGAUUUAUUCUAUAUAUGUUUUUUACAACACUUAUCCAAUUGUCAAUACUUCUACAAGAUUGAUCUAAUAAAUAUUCGAUAUCUUUCAUUACAUCUAUAACUCUUAAGUAAGACUUUACAUUUUUUUUCAUGCAUCUUUCAUAAUAAUAGAUCCAAUUACGAUAAUUUAGAGAUGAGCAACCAGUUGGGAGUAUCUCAUUUGUGCAAACUUUUUGCUGAUUACUGCAGACCGUCUGUUGACAGCACCCAAGGUGUUCCAAGUCAACAGAUCCUAGAAGAUAAACUGUAUAAAAUGCUUCCGUUAUUUUGCCAAACGUUUCGAGACAGCCCACCUAAUGAAGUAAUGAAAGAAUUCAAGGAUGCGCAUAACUUUUGCAAUCAUGUCUCCAGAUUGAUGGUAAAUCAAAUUCGGCAUAGAGCGGCUAAGUACAGUACGGUUGAUGCAAGUAUUAAAAUAGCUAACUGGUUAGAAGAUGAAAGAGACCCUAGAAGCGGGGCUCUUCUUUUACGAACCCUCUUAAUUCUUGCAAGAGUCGAUCCAAGCUUAAUCGAUUGUAUGUCUGCUGCUAUGCUACCCUCAACUUUAGUUAAGAGCCUCUAUUUGUUCUUCGAUUUGCCUGUUGCCCGUGAAAAUGAAGAGAAGAGAAGAGGCAUGUUAAGCGUUUUCUCACAAUUACUGUGCCAACUAGCAACUCAACCAUCUUGUGCUGAAGAACUUGCAAAAAAGGACGAUAUGAUUCUUCUUUUCAAUACAGCAACAUCUUGGUGGGAGGAUUCAAAAAAUAGCAUGUGGCGAGUAGCUGCCAGCCAGGUCAUGGCUACGUUAUCUAGACAUGCACUAACUUUAAAUGUCAUAAAUCAUGUACAAAAGAAAAGUUGCAUCAAAGUUGCUCUAAAAAAUAUUCAAACAAAUCAACGUAAAUCGAGACCAUUAAAUCUUGUUGAGAUGCUUAUAACUAUACUUGGUUUCGUUAAAGAUUCAGCAAGACUGAGUCCUUUGCUGCUGGAAGAUUUACGAGCUUGCCAUGGAUACAAUGUAAUUGUUGAUCUUAUCCUAGCCUGUGAUGCUAGAAGAUCAGCUGACGAAAUGGAGGAAAGCGGUCAGGCUGUCAGAACCUUAGUAAUGCUUCUGGCUUCAUUAGCAACAUGUGGAUCGGUACCACUAAGGCCAGCUCAACCGGAAACCCUAUUUCAAAUUCCCAACUUUGUGAUGCCUCAACCAUCAGGAAAGGGCCUAACAGUAAGUAACGCAGCCUCAGUUGCAGCCUUACAAACUGCGUGGGGUCGAACUACAAGUGAAAGAGUUUGCUGCUGCGUUUUAGAUGCUCUUUUGACACUUUGUAGACAAGAGCAUGCCAAUUAUUUUGUACUUGAACCACACGGAGCUCUUAUUUCCCAACUAGUCGAACAAAUGGCAUCCAGGCCCCCGUCCUCUCAAGUGCUCCUCUUUGAACUGUUGGACUUUGUUGUCCAAGAGCUACGACAUGUCCCCUCCAAAGAAAUAGUCGCUCUAGGAAUAGUAAUUAAAUCAAACGUUGAUUUUCGCACAUCAUUAAAAGCAAUAGAGUGGCUAAGGUCCUUGUUGUCUCACGAAAAUUCACCCUGUGUUGCUACCUACUCUGAUACCCUAAGAGAGCUAGGUAUCUUGGAGAUUGCUGUAAGCAUACUGAAAAACCAUACAAGUAAAAUUUUAGAGACUAUUAAGAUUGACGAAGGUGAGGAAGCAAUUGCGGCGGCGUGUUGGGAGUUUGUAAAGGAUCUUGUAAUUGGGAAAAACAACUCAAAUGCUUCCGUAUUUAGAGAAUGUGGCGGUACAAAAUUAUUAGCUGACCUACUGAGUAUUGACGAUCGACGUAAGGAUGCUUUAAAUGUCUUAAAAGUCAUUCUUCAAACUAACCCAACGGAGGAAGAUAUGAAUGUAUUAAUGACAUGUCUUCAAACCGCUCCUGUAACAUCUUUAAAAAUUCGUACUGAUGUAUUAAGAUGUGUUUUUGAACUGCUGAAAGAGAAGCAUCGAGUCAGAACGGUAUUUAGAAAAGUAAAUGGCUUCGUAUAUGUCACAUCCGUUUUAGUAGCCCUUGAAGGAUGCCUCAGUGAACCCACUCGAUUCCAAAAUUUACAAGACGACGAUCUAACAGAUUUAUUUUACGCCGUCUUUUGCACCAUUACCUUGGCUAUGCGCUACGAACCUGCCAACGCUCGCUUCUUCGCUACAGAAGUUAGAUAUGCUAGUCUAACGGAAGCAAUUCGAUUAUUGGGCUGUUUCUCAUCCGAAGUCGAUACACAACCGAUUAAGCUCUCAGAUUCACAUAAUAUUAAAGACACUCAAAUAUUUACAAAUUUAUUUAAAAGCUUAGACCACACCAGUGUUGCCGAAAACUUACCAUCAAGAAUCAUUUGGGCAACACAUCUAUUACGUUACUUAUAUGAUGUAGCUUUCGAUGUUUUCGAAAAAUCUUCGACUGAUGAAAGAAUUGUUCAUGCUGGGGCUAUUGUAUCAAUGCUACAUUUGGUUCCAGCAAUUGAUAAUGUUGCUUUACAGUUUACGGCUUGUGAAUUAAUAAGAACCAGUGUGAAUUCUGAUAGAAAUCAGCAGAUAAUGUGUGAGGCUGGUCUUAGUCAUGAGUUGUUGACUCAUUGUGCUAGUGCACUGGAAGACGAACAGCAUCCUCUACAUUUGCCAUUACAAUCCAUCUUUGAAAGAUUAAGUGCCCAUGCUUUAUCUCCCAGAGAUUUGAGACUAUUUCUCAGAUUAGGUUCACCACUUUGUUGUUCACCAGAUAUCGAUGUAGAUUUAGAUGCAAAAACUGUACCUAUAACUAGAGUAAAGUGCCUAGUAUCGAUGACUACACCGAGAGGUUCAACGCACAUUACCCCAUCGUUUGUCGAGUUUGAUAUGCGUUCGGAGGGAUUUGCUUGCUUAUAUAUACCCAGUCUAGCUCCUCAAGGUCCAUUGGCUCAAUCUGUUGUCAAUUCCGAGGUUCGAGUUCUUGGAGGUAUGGGAACAGGAGAAAGAACCUUCCCACCAACAUCUGGUUUAACUUUUUCAUCUUGGUUUUGUGUCGAUAAAUUUUCUGACGACAGUUCCCAUCCGGUUAGACUAUUAACCAUUACCAGGCAAACACAAGUAGGGCAACAAAUGACUGAUGAAGAGUGUUUGAAAAUCUUGCUUCAAAAAAUACGAUGUCAAUCCCGCUUAGAACUAUUUAUUAGAACGACAUCAUCUCAGGACGGAGCUCAUAUAGAGUUGCCAGAUUUUAGUGGUCAAUGGUGUCACAUAGGUAUUGUUCUUCACCGAUCAAGUAUGCUUAAAAAUUCCAAUGUUGUUGUCUAUAUUGACGGCGUUCAGGUAGCCUCAAGGAAACUUCAUUAUAUAUCCCCAACUGCUCCACAAUCCUGCUCUAUACAUGCCUAUAUUGGCACAUCUGUUUGUGACCGUAGGGCUGCUAAACUAGUUUGGAGGCAAGGCCCCUGUCAUAUAGUGGAUGAUGCUUUAUCGUCAGCUGCUAUUCAGAAUAUAUAUGAUCUUGGAGCUAACUAUGUUGGUAGUUUACAAGCCGGAAGCGGUGUAGUUGUUGAAGAUAAAGUAUCUUUAGGUAUACAUGCUCAUGCUAUGUCGUUGAUGACUUUGGCAAAAAUCAGAAAAGUAUACAACAGAUUGGAUGCAAAAUUUAUUGCAAAGCUUUUGGAUACAUCACUAAAUGACAACACAACCCCUAUUCGUAUACUACACAAUUCCGCUGGUCAUUUAUCGGGUUCAGCCAGAAGUCUUGGUUCAGUCUUGGUUGGCUACGUAGGUGUCAGAACUUUUGUUCCGAAGCCAGUAGCUAGAACUUUGUUAUCUGUUGGAGGAGCCGGUUUGCUCUUGGGUUUCGUUGCGCAAGCAACUGACGUCGAAGGCUUAUAUGCGUCAGUGAAGGCAUUAGCGAAUGUCCUGCGUCACGUGCCAGCUGCCAAAUAUCACAUGGAGAGAGUUAAUGGUUUUCAAAUACUAGCUAUGCUUCUCUCUUCAAAGCACGAAUUACUUAAUGGUCAUAUUCUUCAUUUAGCUCUUGGCUUGGUCCAAUGUUCCAGAGCCGCUUUUGAACAUCUCCUCUGCGAUUUAGAUAUAUGGAGAAGAGCACCCACCGAUUUGCAACGUCCUCUUUUUGAUCGCCUGCGUGAAUUAAUUGCCGAGUCCAUUGAACAUAAAUCUAAUGAAAAGCUAUUAAACGAUCUAGUCAUAAAAGUACUUCAUCGCCUCCGUUACGACCGUCUUCUGCCAAAAAGCACUAGUCUUUCUAUGGCUGACCUACUGAAGUUGUUGCUGCUACUUCACCCAACAUCUACAAGGAGUGUUGGACAGUUCAUAGUCACUACUUUACCUGCACCACUUACAGGCGAUCCAAAAAUUAAUGAAGAGGAUUUGCAAAAAGAGCCUUCAACUGACGACAACGAAUUUAUGCACAACAUUAGAGUAAGACAGCUAUUGCUACAAAUUCUUCUUGAUCUCCUACAAUCGAAAAAUAGGAGUGCAAUGCGAGAUAACGUGCAACGGAAUUUAGGAUUCGACUGGAUUCAUUUACUCCUAGCUCCUCAUUUGUACGAAGGAACGGUUAUUUCUGGUGUCAGGAUAUUAAUGUCACUGAUCAACCAACCAAAUAUAUUCCUAAAAUACAAAGAAGGUGGCCAAACCGGUGGAUGGCUUGAUGAAUUAGGAUCCCAAGUGCCAAAAAGAGAAGGCACGGAAGAUUGGCUUCAAUUGCAGCAGCUAUUGCCCCAUCAUUCUAACAUUCCACAGUUAUAUUUUUUUAUUUCAUCAUUAAUGCUGGGUGAUCCACCAAAAUUCGACAUGCCAACUAAACCUCUAGAGUUGGAUACCAUCUAUAGCUACAGUCUCGGAAUUCCCGUUGGCGCUGCCCUUCCUAAAAAUGCGCCUGUAAGGGGAGAAGCUUGCAUUGUUUUACUAGUCGUUCUACGAACUCAAUUAAGUGUUGAAAACGUAGAAGAAGAUAAAGCCAGUUUAGACAUUCCGAUAACGAUAAUGCAAUUGCUCAUUUUCUUGUAUCAUAAUCACCCUGGAAUAGCUAAACUUUUUAUGUCCUGCCCGGGUACACUUAGUGCUUUGGCCUCCACUCUAUUUCCUCUUAGACAUGAUGAUGAAGAACCUGCCCGAAGGCAAUAUCCUCAGAGCCCAGAAAGAGCAGCAACGCCAGGCUUUACGGUAUUAUGCUCUCAUCCUGCCCGGAAAUUUGUCACAGACCUUUUGAGAACAUUGAUUAUGGACAGUUUAUCCUUGCCUCAUAAAGGGCCGUCUGUAUUUGACGUUUUAAUCGAUAGUGCCGUUCCCGACUAUGCUAGUAAGAGCCAGAAAUGUGAAUUUUUAACAGAAUUAGUUCGUUCAGUCAGUGAGCAUUUAGCCAAUAUUAAUGUCCUGGGAGAUCAGUCACCGAUACCGAUAGCACCCGGUGGAAGCUAUAGUCACCUUUGCUCGAAUGUUUUCCAUAUUGCAGCAAGGAGUGUGGACGUUUUAUGGCGAGAAGUAUACAUUCGACAGCCUUCAGAAAUAUUCGACUUUGUUUCGGCAAUUGUUUGCCAGUGUAAAAGGAUUUCUUCGGGUAUGUCUUUAGAUGGAAUAUAUAAAAGUCUAAAUAGAUGUGUUCUAUACGAGCUAUCGAGAAGUGUAGAAAGCGAGGAGUCGAGAGAAAGAAUGACUGAAAGUUUACAUAGAGUUCUAGUAAACAAAUCGAUGCUCUUGGGACCUGUUAAUUGCGAUUUUGAAUCUAUUUUAUGCUUUUUCUAUUGCGUAUUGGAAUUAAUAAUUCAUCCAGACGUAGGAGUUAUGGCAGGACCAGAGAGUCGAUCAAAAUUUUUCAUACCAAAGACAACUGAUAACAACGCUGACGAUCGUACGAUUAAGGAACUUGUUGAGUCAGCUAGGAAAGUAUGGUCCGAAUUAUACGCAUCUAAACAUCAAGUAAUAGAAGAACAACAUAAAUUUGUUCUUUCACAUAAUCCAAUUGAAGCAUAUAAUGCCAUAAAAGACAAUGCUAUCAAAAGCUGGAAAUCUUACUUGGAAAAAGAACAAAAGGGAGCCUUCAGUUCUUACGAGAAACAUCAAAUUACUAGCAAAUUUCAAAUGGUACAAAAAAUGGGGUCAGGUGUUCUUAAGAAUCUAGCACCGAAAAGACAAAGUAGCAAAACUAGCGUUGUUAAUGGACCUCGUCUAGCUAAUAAUUUUGUUGAUUCAUCAACCCAAAUGUCAAUUGUUAAAGAUGUUAUUCAUUGGAGAGCUAAACAGUAUAUACAUAGCGCUGCGAACGUAGCAAAAUCCGUUACCGAAGAAUGGAAAGCAAUAGAAAGUGAACUGCUGCUAGAAAGAGGUGUAUGGGGUCCAACAAGUCCAUGUCCUCUUGAUAAAUGGAUGCUUGAUCCAACCGAAGGACUUUUUAGAAUGAGAAAGAAACUUAUGGCAAAUGAUCGUUUUUAUGAUCAUUAUCCACCUCCAAACAAUUCAUCAUCCUCUGAUUCUUCAACGCCAACAUCUACAACGAUGAGCCGUCAUCGGCCUCCUUCAUCAUACGAUUCGAAACUUUACAAAGAAAAAAGGAAAAAGGUGAAACUUUUGCAAGACGAUAAAAGGCAGGAAGAGCACUUGUCAUCCACUGUUUUCGACAACUCUCCCCUAAAAAUGCUGAUUGAUGGAGAAGAAGAUGAAGGUGAAGUUAAAGAUACAGAAAAUGAAAGUCUUCGUCGUUUAUUAGAGAAGAAUGAAAAGAUGCAACAUAUGUUUCGAUGUGCUAGAGUGGAGGGUUUAGAUGCACAUGAAGGCAUAAUAAUAUUUGGUCGCGAACACUUUUAUGUAAUUGACGGAUUCACACUGACGAGAACGCCCCAAAGUAUUGUUGAUUUAGAUAGUUUACCACCUGAAAGCUUUGAACCAAUUGUUCCUAAAACUGGAACAAAACCUAUUGGAGAAUUGUCAUCAAGAACAUGCGUUAAAAUUGCAUAUGAUGAUAUAAAAGAGAUUCACGAAAGACGCUAUCUGCUACAGCCAAAUGCUGUUGAAGUAUUUUGUACUGAUGGAAGGUCUACUUUAAUAGUUUGUCCUAAAACUAUUAGACCACGUUUAUUCGCUAAAAUACAAGCCGUUGCAACGAGAUUAACAGACUCAGCUACCGAAUCAGUUUCUGGGCAAAGAUCCGGCACUAAAGUAGAGCCAGGUGCCAUUUCAUCCUUAAUAGGCGAAAGAUCAGUCACUCAGCGCUGGUUGCAAGGCGAAGUAACUAAUUUUGAAUAUUUAAUGUGCUUGAAUACCUUAGCCGGUCGCUCCUAUAACGAUUUAAUGCAAUAUCCCGUGUUUCCUUGGCUUCUUGCUGAUUAUGAUUCAUCUGAAUUAGACUUGAAUAAUCCGGCUACUUUUCGAGAUUUUACAAAACCAAUGGGUGCUCAAUGCCCUUCAAGAUGGCAACAAUUCGAGAAAAGAUACAAAGACUGGGAUGAUACUCACAGCGAUACCCCACCAUACCAUUACGGAACGCACUACUCUUCUGCUAUGAUUGUAGCUUCCUAUCUAGUCAGAAUGGAGCCAUUCGCUCAGCACCUUGUUAGACUUCAAGGUGGCCAUUUCGAUUUACCUGACAGAAUGUUCCAUUCAAUAAAAGAGGGAUGGCUUUCAGCUUCCCAACACAACAUGGCGGACGUCAAGGAACUAAUUCCAGAGUUUUUUUAUCUACCAGAUUUCUUGACGAACGAUAACAAAUUCGAUUUAGGCUCUAAGCAGAGUGGUGUGGUCCUUGGCGACGUGGCUCUUCCUGCAUGGGCGAAAAACGACCCAAGAGAAUUUGUUCGAAUGCACAGAGAAGCUCUUGAAUCAGACUUCGUCUCGGCUAACAUACAUCACUGGAUAGACUUGAUCUUUGGUUAUAAACAACAAGGAGAUGAAGCAGUUGAAGCAAUGAAUGUAUUUCAUCAUCUUUUUUAUGAAGGCGCUGUUGAUAUUGAUACGAUUGAUGACCCUAUGGAAAGAAACGCAGUUACGUCAUUUAUAAACAAUUUCGGGCAGAUACCAUCCCAACUGUUUAAACGGCCCCAUCCUCAAAAGAAGUUUGCAGCUCCUCCCCGACCUCUAUCAGAAGUUAUUCCAGGAGCAUCUUACCUAACUACGGCAUCAGUUACCUUUACUGCAGGCCAUUUGUACUAUCAUCAUUUAGAUAGUCUAUUACCAAGUAAUUAUCCUGUUAAACAAGUAAAGACAGGAGUGGGCCAAAUCGUAGCUCUUGACAAAGGUCAUGUUUUGGCUGUCGAACAGAAUAAAAUACUAAUACCGCCAACUUUUACAAGAUACGUUGCCUGGGGAUUUUCAGAUAGAUCUAUUCGACUUGCGAAUUAUGAUAGUGAGAGACCUAUUGCUAUUUGGGAAGAUGUUGAAACGGGCGGUGGAGAAGUCCUUUGUGCGGCUGCUCCAAACAACAAAACUCUCGUUACGGGUGGAACCAGUUGUGUCGUUUGCGUUUGGCAUAUGACAACUGGGAAGGACGCUCAAUUAGCUCUAAAGAAGGCUCUGUACGGUCAUACAGAACCUAUAACUUGUAUUACGGCUUCGUCGUCGCAUAAUAUAAUAGCUAGUGGAUCAAGAGACAGAUCCGUUAUGCUGUGGGAUUUGAAUAGAUUAAUAUUUGUAAGACAAUUGCGCAACCAUGCUGCUCCAGUAGCGUCAGUUUGUAUUAACGAGGCAACUGGAGAUAUAGCCACUUGCGCAGGCACAUAUUUGUAUUUGUGGUCAGUUAAUGGUCAAAUUUUAGCUUCCGUAAAUACUGCUACAGGAAGAGGACAGCAAAUAUUAUGCGUCGCGAUUUCCACUGCUAGAGAAUGGGAUACGAACAAUGUAAUUAUGACAGGGAACAAUGACGGUGUCGUUCGAAUGUGGGCUCUAGAAUAUGCACAAUUUCCGGACGAUAGCCAAUCCUCAAGUACAACUAAUGCAACAUCGAGUGUUCCUAAAUACGAAAGUGGUGGUUUGCCUAUGUCUGUCGAUUCAGAACUAUUAGACGCAGCCAUACCAAUUAAAUCACCUACUAACUCAUUGACAGCGCAUAGCUCUGAAGAGGACGAUGGAGAGGAAGUUGAAGAAUUGGCUGAAGAAGCCACUGAAGCGACAGAUAGUGGUAAUAUAUCACCGGCAACUGCCGGGGAUUUUGUUAUUGUUGGUUCUAAACGACCGAAAGGCGAACUUAAGACUGGAUUUAAAUGGCAAAGGCAGUUAAUAUUCAAAUCUAAAUUGACAAUGCAUACAGCUUACGAAAGAAAAGAUAAUCAGCAACCAGCUGCAGUAACAGCUAUUGCUGUUUCACGUGACCACCGAACAAUUUACGUGGGGGAUUUAAGAGGCAGAGUUCACAGUUGGACUGUACCAAAUGAAAUAGGAAAAGGACCAUCGGAUCAUUGGAUUAAAGACGAUCAAGCAGAAGCUUGCACUCAAUGCAACGUAAAGUUUACGCUCUAUGAAAGGCGACAUCAUUGCAGGAGUUGCGGUGCUAUUUUUUGCGAAAACUGCAGCAAACGUCGGAUAGAGAUACCAAAAUUAAAAAUAUAUAAACGAGUUCGAGUUUGUACCAAGUGUCACGAUAUGAUCGUUAAGGAGAACGAACAGGAAACGGAUACGCUUAUGUACAAUUCGUAG